AUGGCUGGCGGUUCGGACGAUAGCAUCGCCCUUCAACAUGAUUUGACGUCCAAGUUGGGGCGAUCUCUUGAUCCCCAUAUGCUUUUGAUGAUGCUGGAAUCUCAUUCCAGUGGCACAAUCGCUAUCUUCGAUCGAACAUCGAUUAUGCGCGCCAAGGCCGAUCUUUUGGAGAAGAACACCAAGAUGAUUGAUUAUUUGAAAGAAGUGCGAGAAGAGAUAGGCGACAGCACCGACAAAUACGAUGCCCAAAAGGACGAAGUCAUCAAGGAAUUGCGCACUCAAUCCGAGUUUUUCGAAAAACUCACCGACUUGUUCUCUGAUCCUGAUUUCCAAGCUCAAACUCGCACUAUGCGAGCGUCUUCUCAAGUGCUUGAGCUUCUUAUCUCCACCCAUGGAUACGAGGAGUCCAUCGUCGACGACAUCUACAAGUACGCCAAGUUCAACUACGACAUUGGCAACUACGAGCUCGCGCUGGAAUGGCUCGGUCGAUUCAUUCAGCUCGCUCCUCAGAACCACAGCCACUCGUUGGACGCUGUCUGGGGUCGACUAGCCGCCGCUAUCUGCUCUGAGCAGUUCGAAGUCGCCCACGAAGCUAUGAUCCAGCUCCGUGACAACAUUGACCAGACAUCUGGUCGCGAAGGAGGCCCCUCUGCUCUUCAGCUCCUCCAGCAGCGAACAUGGCUUCUUCACUGGUCGCUUUUCAUCUUCUUCAACGGCCUCUCCCGUGGCAAAGAACUUCUUAUCGAGCUCUUCCUUCACAACGCUGACUAUACUCACGCUAUCCAGACCAUGGCUCCUUGGCUUCUUCGAUACCUCACUGCAGCUGUUGUCCUCUCAAUCAACUCUCGAAAGCGAAAGACAAUCGAACGUGACCUCGUCAAGAUCAUCGAACAAGAAGAAUAUGCCUACAAAGAUCCCAUCACUGAGUUUAUUCUUUGUUUGUACGUCAAAUUUGACUUCCAGAAAGCUCAAGUGUACUUGGAGGAGUGCGAAAAGGUCUUGGAGAAUGACUUCUUCUUGAGAAACUACACCAAAGAGUUCAUCGAAAACGCAAGACAAAUUAUCUUCGAAACUUUCUGUCGAAUUCAUCAGUGUAUCAGCAUCUCUCGAUUGGCGGAGAAGCUCAAUAUGAACGAAAAGGAAGCCGAGCGAUGGAUCGUCAACUUGAUCAGAAACGCCCGUUUGGACGCGAAAAUCGACACCAAGCGAGGCCACGUGGUCAUGUCUGAUCACGCCACGAAUGCGCACCAGCAAGUUAUUGAGAAGACCAAGCAUCUGCAGUUCAGAACUUCGCUUCUCAGUACCUUUAUCGAUAGACGAAUGGGCAAGGAGAAAGGAUCGGAUGUUCCACAGUGGGCGAUGAGAGAUAACAAGGGCAAGGGAAAGAACAAUGGCGAGAGAAGAUCGCAGUGGCGACAGUAA